AUUUUUUUUUAGAGGCUAGCGCGCGCUGUUCAAAACACACAGAAGAGAACCGCGCACUGAGGAGGCAGUAAACGCGCGAGCUCAGACUUAUCAAGUUUUAUUGUCUUAUGUAGCACGGUGAUAUUUGCGACAAGAUGCCAACUGCUACCAGGAAGAGAAAACUCCCCUCUGUGGACUCUGAGAGUCACCCAUCCAAGAAGGGGGUGAGAGAGAUGUCCCCCGAGAGGAGAAGAUCCCCGAGGAAGAAGCCAGGCAGGUGUGUGGACAAAGAGAACUGUCCCUCACCACAGAGGUCCCCACGGAGACUAGCAGGCUCCCCUGCCAAAUCACCCUGCAAAUCUCCAUUCAAAAAAUCAGUGGUUACGAGCUCCUUCUACAGCAAACAGAAGUCAGUCUAUCUCACCCCACUAGAGAGAAAGGCCAUAAAAGAGUCUUUACCUUCUCCCCCUCCACCACCCCUGCCUUCUCCUCCCUCUUUGGAGAAAAAGAAGAGGAAUGUUCAAGGAGGCAGCAUGUCAAGAAAGGUGGCAGGGGGAUCCAAUGUGGGGAGGAAGGGUGCCAAAAGCAUGACUGCUUCGAAAACAAUCAAGCCUUCUACACUCAAAAACAGUGUCCCUACUAAACCAGCAACAUUGACAACAACCACCAACACCAUCUCGGCUCCUUCCAGCAGCAUCAAGCACCCAGAGUUCAAGAAAUCCAUCACUGUCUCUUUCAGCAGCCUUAAGCCUAAACCCAAGAUCUUUGUGGGAGCCGCAUUCUUUGGUACGGGGAAGAAACCCACAUCUAUGUACAAGAAAUCUGCACCAAAGUCCUCCAAUAGGCCAGCUCCAGUGAAAAGCAAAGCUGUGCUGCCACAGACAAAGAGUGAGAAGUUGCAGCAGAAUUUGCCAGCUCCUGUGGUGAAUUCACAACCUAAACAACCUGCAGAAACUGCUGUCCAGCCAGCUAAGACAGAAGACAAUCAGCCAAGCACCAAGCAAAGGUCAAAGUUUGAUCCCACAGACUGGAUGGACUCUGUUAGUGAGGAGGCUGAGUCUCCACAGGCUUUAAGCUCUCCCAAACAGAGCACCAGGAAGAUUGCAGUAGUGACCCCAACACCAAGUUCUGCCUCCAGGAAUUCACCUUUUAGUGCAAAGGUGGAUGGUGGCUCUGAACCCAUGUUGGACCUGAGUGAAAUCAGUCCUGUGAGUGGUGGUAGCCAACCCAAAGAAUCUGCACCGAUGUAUCCCAUCUUUGGCUCAAGCUCGAAGAGGACUGCUGCUCUGCGGGCUCCAGUGUCCUGCAGCACCCCUUCUGGUCCUAUAACAUCACUGCAGACACCGUCUUCAGCUAAAGAGAGACCUGUUCGCAGGAGGAAGGAGAAACAGGGCGAUGACCAGCUCAUCAUUGAUGCAGGGCAGAAACAGUUUGGAGCAACAACCUGCAGCUCAUGUGGGAUGGUUUACAGUGCAGACAACCCAGAGGACAAUUUCCAGCACAGCCAGUUCCACCAGCGCUUCCUUGACUCCAUUAAAUUUGUGGGCUGGAAGAAAGAGCGGGUGGUGGCUGAGUUUUGGGAUGGAAAAAUCCUCCUCGUCUUGCCUGAUGAUCCUAAAUACGCUGUCAAAAAGGCUGAGGAUGUGCGGCAAGUAGCAGACAGCGAGUUGGGUUUCCAGCAGGUGACUCUGAGCAGACCCACACAGGCUAAGACCUACCUGUUCAUCAAUACAGAGCGCAUGGUGGUCGGCUGUCUGGUUGCUGAACCUAUACGUCAGGCAUACAGAGUCCUUGAGCAGCCUGAUAAACAUAAAGAUAUGAAGAAAGACGACUUCAUGGAGAGACACAGAGCAUGGUGCUGCUCCACCAUCCCUGAACAGGCCCUUUGCGGGAUCAGCCGAAUCUGGGUCUUCAGUCUGGCAAGACGGCGGGGCAUCGCCACACGCAUGCUGGACACAGUCAGGAGCAGCUUCAUGUACGGCAGUCAUUUGACAAAGGAAGAGAUCGCCUUCUCUGACCCAACACCGGAUGGAAAACUGUUCGCUACCAAGUACAGCAACACACCGACCUUCCUCGUUUACAACUUCAUAGCAUGAAGUUUGUUAACGAUGGGUCACAUAAGGCAGUCGUUCACCUUUAACCAGUUUUGACAUUCGUCAGGCAUCCAUUCAAAUCAAAAUUGCCUUUCAUAUGCAAAACCAACACUGUUCAGGUGUUUCAGGACGUCUUUACGUUGUCAUUGUUUAGUAGGCGUAGAGUUUUAAAGAUUCAUGACUCAGUAUUUAUACACCGCACUGCUUGAUUUCCAGUUGUGUUAAUGUUAGCAAUGUUUUCUAUUCAGAUGUUUAUAUUCUCCCUGAAUAAGCAGUGACUGGGCAUAUUUCACAUUUCUUAGCUUGUUUGAUUCACUGGAAUAUUUUUGUAUCCUUUUCAAGUCCCAGGAGCCUUUUUGUUUUAUUUAAAUGUUCAGACUUAUUUUUUUCUGCUUCCAGUUAAAGGCUUUCUGAACAGUUUUGAAAGGACAUGUUUGCCUGUUGAAAGGUAAUUACCAUCACUGUUUAUUGGCAUUAUACUCUGUAAAUAAGUUUAAUAAACAUCUUUCCUUUUUUA